GAUCAGUGAUUGAGUCAUAUACUGUUUUAAUUGAUGACUCCGUGAACUCAACCUCGUCACAAGAGGGAUGCACAACUAUGAAAGUGAAAAGAAAAAAUGGAAUUCUACUAGCUGAGGAAUAUGUAUCAGAUUCAGAUUGUUCAGAUGUUCUUCCCAUUUAUACAGCAAUACCUUUAGAAAAACCCCUGAUGGCUGAUGCCGACUCUACUUGCGCUGAGACAGUAACGAAGAAACCAAAGGAAAAGACUUGUACAGAAAUUAUUAUACAGACAGUCAGUGAUUCUGAUAAAAGAGACUAUUCAAAGAAACAGUGCUGUUUUUUCUGCCAGAAAACAUACUGCAAAAUGGCAAGACAUUUAGAAAAAAGUCAUGACAAUGUUCCGGAAAUUGGAAGACUACCGUCUGGUAAAAAUGCAUCUAAAGAAGAUAUUAAAAAGCGAAAGACUGUUUUUGCUAAGUAUAGAAAUCUUGGAAACUUUAAUCACAAUGUGGAUGUGUUACUAAGAAAGUCUGGAGUGUUUUUUGUUGGAAGACGGCCACUUGAAGAAAAGAAGAGCACUGCAUUUGACUAUCUGCCUUGUCCUUACUGUUUGCUUUUCUUAGUGAAAGGAGAACUCUGGAGGCACGUUAAAACCUGUGCUUUCAAGGAGGAUAAAAUUGAAGUGGGGAACAUUAAAGACCUCAGAAGAGUAGAAAAUGAUGUUCGUUCAGCUGAAUAUGUUUUAAAAGGGGGGUUAGGAUCUGAAAUGUAUUCGGGAGAUCAGGAAUUUAAUGAUUACGUAUUGAGCAGAUUUCAUGUGGACACAGUUAGUAUGGCAAUAAGAAGCGACCAGCUGCUUUUGCUUUUUGGAAAUACUCAGUUCAGGAAGCUGGGAAACCAACGUGCCUCUCAAGUACGAGAAAAACUGCGUAUUUUGGGUAGAUUGAAAUUAGAACUGAGAAGGUUAACAGGCAAGGAAUCGGCAAAUAUUGGGGACUUUAUCAAAUCGCAAUACUUUGACAUUUGCUUGAGGGCUUUAGCAAAUAUGUGUGGUGAAUCUGAGAAAAGAUCAACAACUGGGAGCAAAACUUAUGAAAAACCCUCAUCUGUCCUUAAAGCAGGGCAACUAUUGAAAAAAAUUGCAGCUCUAAAAAGAGGUCAGGCUGUGAGAACCUUAAACUUGACAGACAAAGAAGAUAUUGAUAAUUUUCUCUCGCUUUAUAAUGAUGAAUUCGCAGAAACAGUUGGCUCCAUAGCAAGACAUACACUAACGGAGAAUAAAUAUAACAAACAAGAGGGCCAUGAUGGCCCUAGAUCGCUCACCUGAUUUAUCAAACUCAUCCAAACAAUUACCUAGACAAGCAUUCUGACCGAGUCUCAUGACAGGUGAGUCAAAAAUGUGACCACUACAGUGUUAACAAGGAUUAUCCAUAUUUGAGCAGUGCGACCUAGUUUUUUACCCAGGUGACACAUAUUCAAACUUGACCUAGAAAUCAUCAAAACAAACUUUUAGACCAAUUUCAAGGAUACUUGGAUCAAAACAGUAGCAACUAGAGUGUUAACAAGAUUUUUCUAUUUUUUAGCUCCGGUGACCUAGUUCCACAUGCGAUUUCGAACUCAUCCAAGCAAUUACCUAUACAAGCAUCCUGACCCAAGUUUGAUGAUAAUUGAGUCGAAAAUGUGACCACUAGAAUGUUAACAAGGUUUUUCCAUAUUUGGGCGGUGUGACCUAGUUUUUUUCAUCCAAGAUGACCAAUGUUCAAACUUGACUUAGAAAUCAUCAAAACAAACUUUCAGACCAAUUAACAGAAUAUUUGGAUCACAACAGUAGCCACUAGAGUGUUAACAAGAUUUUUCUAUUUUUAGCUCGGUGACCUACUUUUUCAUCCGAGAUGACCCAUGUUCAAUUUCUUCCCAGCAAUGACCUAGACAAGUUUCCUGACCAAGUUUGAUGACAAUUGAGUCAAAAUUGUGACCACUAGAGUGUUAACAAGGUUUUUCUAUUUUUAGCUCCUGUGACCUAGUUUUUCAUCCGAGAUGACCCAUGUUCGAACUCAUCCGAGCUAUCACCUAGACAAGCAUCUUGAUCAAGUUUGAUGAUGAUUGAUGCAAAAAUGUGACACUAGAGUGUUAACAAGGUUUUUCUAUUUUUAGCUCCGGUGACCUACUUUUUCAUCCGAGAUGACCCA